GUUUAAUUUUGCAGUACUCAAGUCUCUUCAAAUCUGACCUCUACGAUUGUUUUGUGAAACUACUUUUACCGAAUAGAUUAGAAAUGGAGAAGGGAUUACUGCAAAGUUACGUUUGCAUUUGUUAGGAUAUCGAUAAAAUUGAGGUGUUUUCUGCACUUCAAGCGGAGAAACAUUCAUUUCAGACAAUGAUGAUUUGAUUUGUUGACCCCGCUUAUUAACCUCGGAACUAACAUACCGGGCUUAUCAGCAUGUGAGUUGAUAUGAGUUUCAUUCAAACAAAGUCCCAAUGCAUACUAACUUCAAAGCUCGUUUAAUUUAAAAUCCGACAAAAUAUCAACAACAAUGCAAGCAGUUCUCGUUGCUUCUAUAAUCAUCUGGUUUGCGAUUCUCGUUGAGACAGUGGACAAAACCCCACUCCGCUAUCGUCCGUUUCGCUGUCGGAACGGUUGGUCCGUAUCGCAGACCGUCCGUUGCGAUGGAUUUCGCCAUUGCGUGGAUGGUUCCGACGAAGAGAACUGCUCGCCACCGGUAUUACUGGAACAACCUGCACCAACUAUUACCGCCAUUGUUGGUACGGUAAUGAACUUGACCUGUACGGCCGCAGGAAUUCCGCCACCGAUUAUCGAGUGGAAGAUGAACGGUAAACAGCCGGAAGCGAACUGUGAUUGGGUCAGUGAAGAUGGCAACGGACAUCUGAGCUGCCGUAUGAGAUUGAUCGACAGUGGGAACUACAGCUGUGUUGCCAGACAACCAAAAGCAACCGUGGAAUCGUCGAUUUCCAUAGUGACGGUAACUGGAAACGUUUGCAGGGAUGGUUACUUCAAUCAAGUUGGAACGAAAAAGACCUGCAUGAAGUGCUUCUGCUCAGGAGUUUCGAAUCUGUGCCAUGCAGCUGACCUUUUUCGAUGGAAUUACACGAUGGAGAUGAAUAGCUGGAAAAUGAAAUAUGCGGUUGUUCAAGGUUUAAAUUUAAAUCCAAAGCAGUUAACGAUAACUGUAUACGAUAAAUUUAAGGAUGUGCCACCGAACACAGCACCUUAUUACCGAUUGCCAUUUAGAUUCAUUGAGUACCAAGUUGGUUCUUAUGGGGGAAUAAUCCGGUAUAAGAUUGAAAUUGACAACACAAUUUAUCGGACUGAAGAUCCAGAUAUUAUUUUGAUAGGUUAUAAUACCACAUUACUCUUUCGGAACAAGUCGCAAUUGAUUAUCGGGCGAUCGAAUGAUGUAUCCGUAUUGUUGCAUGAAGCAAACUUUCGUCAACUGGAUGGAAAAAGAGUAUCCAGGGAUGAUCUGAUGACGGUGCUUGCGUACAUCGAUACAUUUCUGAUCAAGAUGUAUCCUCUCAAUGGCACUUAUUGGCCAGCCGAAUCAUCGUUCGUGAUGGAUGCUUCCACCCAGUUAGGCUACCACGGAUUGGGUAAAGUGGCACGGGUCGAGGAGUGCCGCUGUCCGCACGGUUAUCGGGGUACUUCCUGUGAGCGAUGUGAUGUUGGUUAUAACCGCGUCUAUCGUUUUCUGAGGACUGGCGCCUGCAUGCCGUGGGAAUGGCAUCGGGCGGAAUAUAUGAAGGUAUCGACGACGACAACCAUGAGGAACUAUCACUACGUGUGAUCGGUCUAAAAGAAACGUUGGAAUAUUUUUGCCAAGCUGGAUUGGAUUCUACUUUCUGUCAACAUUACUCAACAGUCUACGUAUACAAACAUAUUUUUUGGAUUCUUAUUAUUAGUAUCACAUGAAGUCAUAGAGAAACGUUUAUCUAUCAAAAUUACAGGGCUAAUAAUUUAUGAUAUAGUCAACGGAAAUUUAUUUAAACAUAUCCCUCUUUUUCGAACAUAACAUCACGAGUGAAAUAAAAAAUACGUCGUGAUUAAAAUAUUAAUUUGCAGACCUCACGAGCGCUAUCAUUGGGAGCAAUGAGUUUUACUUGCAUUCGCUCUUGGAGUAGUAUUUUUAUCAUCCUCCACUAGUCGCGUAAUGCCACUGUACAGAACACAGAACAAAUUUACAAAAUCACAGUUCACACAAU